UCAUUUUGUUAUCGUUUUCUUUCAAAACAUUAUUUUAAUUUGGUCGCUGUUCAUCCUGGAACAUCGCCUGAAGUGGUCAUGAUCAUCCAUCAAUAAAAAAAAAAAAAAAACUGUCAGCUGUUCGAAACUGGCAGACAAAAAUUGAUGCUGGCUUAUUUGGUCAUGGUUGAACCAGAGACUUGACUAAUUCCUACUGGGGUCGAGAAUAAGCCGAUCUUAUCUUCCAUCAUUUCCACGACCAGACGGGCCCAGACCCAGAAGCCACGCAAAGGAAACGUUCCUUUUGGGCUUCAAUGAUGCUGAAUAAAAAAUACAGAGACAAGAAUUACUUGAAUUAGAUUUUCAAUCAUUGAAUAGUUUACUGGAAGUUGAUUUAACCAAAACCUAUGUCUCAGUCCACACCUGUCUGGUUUCAGGCGCUUCGUAGGGGCGGCAAAACUUGGAUUCACGCUCUUAUUCAGGAAUGUGGAUGCGUUCAGAUUUUGUCAUUCGAUGAACCCUGCAAACAAGCUCCUAUCACGGGCGAUGAACACACACCACACACACACACACACACACAUAUAUAUAUAUAAAAGAUAAGCUUCCAACUAAACAAACAGAAAUGGGGUCGUAAGAUUAUUCCUUUGAAAAAGAAGGAAAUCAUUUGUUAUUGAACACAAAAUCAGGGUAAAUCUGGAGUCAUCCAGCUUGUACUUUUGCAAGAAUAAUUAUUAAACUAAUGGAGAAUUGUUUUUGUUCGGAGGAAAUUACAAGGAAACGUUUCGAAAAUUUGUUGUAGCCAGCCUAGAGCGUUGCUAUUUCAGUCUAACAAACUCUAAUUUAUCUGGAUUUUUUAUAAUCCUUAAACGCGUUUAUUGUUCCAUUAAUCCCACGAUGCAGCAACCACCAUUGUUCAAAUUCCUUUCUCUAAUCAGCAAAUCAUGAUCUUCUUUAAUGCUUUCACCAUGAAUCAGUUCCUUUUCUGCUUCUUCAUACUGAUUAAUAUUUUCACUUUAUACAUAAAUGCUCAACAAAACUACUCGGGAAACUCAGCUUUGGAUUGCGAUAACAACGAUGAAUCAGGUCUUUCUUCAGCAUUUCUUUACACUUGCAAUGGCCAAGAUCGAUUUUGCCAGGCCUUUCUUAUCUACAAGUCUCAACCUUCUUUCAACUCAGUUCCCAGCAUUUCAGUUCUCACAUCUUCGAACCAGGCAGAGAUUGCUAGCAUCAAUAAUGUAACUGAGUAUGCAAAGUUCCCAACUGGUAAAGAGGUAAUUGUUCCUGUAAAUUGUUUUUGUUUAGGCCAGAAUUAUCAGGCAAACACCACGUUUCACAUCUCAAGCUUCCACGGCACCUAUUAUACUAUAGGGACCGAGGCAUACCAGGGAUUAUCCACAUGUAGUUCCCUUAAACGAGCAAAUCCACAGAGCCAACACAAAUUGGUUCCUGGAAUUGAAUUGAAAGUUCCUCUUCGAUGUGCUUGUCCAACAAGUAAUCAAACUAAGAGUGGAAUAAAGUAUCUGCUGACUUACUCUAUUAGCUCGGAGGAUAAUAUUCCAGAUAUAAGUGAUAGAUUCAAUGUGAGCAGAAAGAGCAUUAAUGAUGCAAACGGUUUGGAAGAGAAACAAACUAUUUUCCCUUCCACAACAAUCCUAAUUCCUUUGCCAUCGUUACCUUCAAGUUCGCAAACCAUGAUUCACAAGGACCAACCACUUGAUUUACCUCCAUUUGAAGAAUAUCACAAAAGCAAUAGAUCAAAGCGGAAAUUGUAUGAAGGAGUCGGAAUCGCAGCAGCUUGUUCUUUGCUCCUUCUUAUCAUCAUCCUGUUCACUGUUUUUAUGUUCAAUAAGAGAAAGGAUGGAGUUCUUCGGAGUAGCAAUGAAAGAAAGAAGAAUUAUGUAUUGCCGGAAGACCUCCGUGCAGAAAUUGCAAGCUUGGACCAAGGUUUAAGAGUGUUUACGUAUGAGGAGAUAAAGAAAGCUACACAAAAUUUCAGUUCCAAGAAUAGAAUAAAGGGUUCUGUCUAUCGCGGUGAUUUUGGUGGGAAGAUCCUGGCUGUUAAAAGAAUGAGACGAGACGUAUCCAAGGAGGUACAAUUGCUGAAGAGUAUCUAUCAUUUCAAUCUGAUAAAGCUUCAGGGUGUCUGUGAAAACUAUGGAUGUUACUAUCUUGUUUUUGAGUAUAUGAAAAAAGGGUCUCUGAGGGAUUGGCUUUUCAAUCAAAGUCCUGAUGAGAUUGGAAGUUGGAAGAGGAGGAUUCAAAUUGCUUUGGAUGUUGCUAAUGGACUUCACUAUCUUCACAGUUUUACCAAACCUGCCUAUAUACAUGGGGAUAUCAAGAGCAGCAAUGUUCUCCUAAACAGUGGUCUAAGGGCCAAAAUCGCGAACUUCAGCCUCGCAAGAGCAGUGGUGAAUGAAACUAGCAGCGAUGCUUUGACAACUCGUGUUUUAGCGACUAGAGGUUAUAUGGCACCUGAGUAUGUAGAGACAGGGCAGGUUACUUCCAAGAUUGACGUCUAUGCUUUUGGAGUUGUGCUAUUGGAACUGAUUACCGGAAAAGAUGCCAUCAUUACCCAAGAUCGAAGACAAAUACUGCUAUCAGCAGCCAUUGUUUCCAUCAUGGAAAAAGAGAAUGCAGAAGCUGAGCUCGAUUCCUUUAUUGAUCCUAGGCUAAAAUGUGAUGAUCAGACAGAAUUCGCCCUACGGAUGGCUCAGUUAAGUGUAGCCUGCUUGACAGAAGAACCAACAAAGAGACCAAGCAUGGAGGAAGUAGUGUCAGUUCUUUCCAAAAUUCGAGCAGAUGUACUUAAAUAGGUACCAUUGUAAGUUUAUUCUAUGCAGUAUACAGUGCUAAAAUGUUGUCCUUUCGUAGAUUCUGAUCAAUUUUAGAAGUCUAAUCUAAAUGCGGAGUGGGAACUAACUUGAGAAGUACAGGAAUUUCUUGGAAAACAAGCAAUAAUAAAUGCCUUAUCACCAUGCUACGCAAUAGGUUUCAUAUGUUAAAUCCUAUUACUUCUUAUAUAAUAGAAUAGUACUGCAUUCUCCAUUCUUGUAUUUCACAAACCGAAUAUGUACCUUCUACAGUAAACUAGCAUAGUUGAAAUUAUUCUCAUUUUAAGAUUAAAUCUAUUGAUAAAAAUUUUUAUUGCAAUUAUACAUGAAAUGGAUUUUCUUUUAAAAUAAAAUUG